UAAAGGAGAAAUUCUUAUUAGGUAAACGCAUAUGUUAUAUGUAAGUUUGUUUUUUCCUUGAGUCUCACGUUUAUUAUCUGAUCGAUUUAUUGGCUUAGAAAAUUUUAAAAAAUGCUUUUUUAUAAUUGACUGAUUUUCACUUGAAUCGCCUAUAUUUCUAUUAAAUUCAUGUAUCUUCCAUCCCAUUUCGAUGCCCUGAUCGAUGAAAUGCAUACUUAUUGCGGUUUUGACGGUUUGCACCCAUACCGCCCUUGUCAUAACCCGGUGAAGGUCCACACUAUGAUACUUUACCUGCUAUUCAGUUGAUUUUUUUCUACUUUUCUCUCUUUAAGCUAUUAAUGGUCACAUGGUGAGAACAUGCUUAAUGCAAUUUACUACUCAACGGCUACUGUCAGCACGAGCUAUACGUUCUGUAUUCGCUGGUGUAUUAAUCUUCGGUGGUCAUGUCUCCAUGUACUAGACUGUCAUCCCUGUUGCUUCCAUCUAAAGGUCCGAUGGUGCCCUUAGCACGGGCCAGGCAUAUAUGCCGAUGCUUUUUUCUAGGGUCGUGUCCGCACUCAAGUUGUGUCAUAAAAGGUUAGCGAACAAACCCUGGCGCAGAAAACGAUUUCCUUUGCUGAACGCAGUGAGCAUUCCCUGAGAGGUUCGUAUACAAGGGUCUGGCCGGUUACAAGACGAUGGUAGAGACACCGUGCAUGGGGCGGUCAAUGUGAUGUUACCGUGCGGAACCCUCCUACAAGUAAGUGUGCGGCAACCUUCGUACGAUUUUAAUGCCCUCUUCGCUGUUCCUUUGGGGUUUCGAAGCCUCAUCAAUUACCACUCUUAUUUUUGACUGCUAGUAUUUUCUCUUGAUAUUCACGCACUGUUACUUCAAUUGUGUUGCCAAAUGCUGUAUCCUUUGUCUUGUUAUAUUUGAUGUUGUUUUACUCUGGAACAAGUUUUUGAAGGGAGACCAAAAGUGGAUUUCCCCGUCAUUCCUGCACAUCGAAUAGUUUUAAUACCCGUGGUAGCUACAUGCAGUCGAAACCAGUUCUCAGCGACUUUUGCAAUGAGAACGGUGUGACGUGUUGUCCUAUCUCAGAGACGUGGUUUCGUCUUGUCCAUAGGGAAGAGGGGAACUCCCCUGAGGAGCUUGACUCUUGGCUUAAAGCUGUUCAAGAGGAGCUGCAUAGAUGCUUGGACUCUGUGAGCGGCACUGGCUUCGCUGCUUCGAACGUCUCUCGACCUGUCAUGGUGGAUGCCAUCGCGCGACUCGCGUGCUCGGCGGUGCUGGGGGAGUACACAGGUUUCCCAGGUCCCAUGUGCUCACCUUUUCGGCGUUCGUUCAGUACAAUGCUUUGCCGCAGCUUCGAAUACACGUUGACUGAAAAGAGCGAUGGUAUACGCGUGCUGGUUGUGUCGCUUCGUGUGCCCUGUUUCCCACGAUGGUUGCUUGAGCAAUCAGGGUCAUCUGUGGAGGAGAAAUGUCACUUGGGCUUCUCGCUACCGACAUCCUUGGUGGCCCUCAUGUCACUUGAGGAGGCUCGGAGGCAGUUGCUGGAGGCGAAGUGUGAAAGAGUUCGAGUGCGACUAGACGCUGAGUCGUUUGCAAUGCGAGUUGAUACCGCUGACACAUUUGUACUGGAAAACGACGAGGGGCUUAUCUAUCGUGUAGUGCGGCACAUCGAGGCAAGGCAUUUUUCCUAUGUAUUUGACCGCUCCAUGAGCUGUGCUCACCUUCUUCUUGAAGAGUAUUCACUUCCGUGUGAAUACUGUGUGCUAGAUGGGGAGUUGAUGAAGGUUAUCGACGAUUCUAGGAGGCCCAUCUUGGGUCUGUUUGAUUUGUAUAGUUACAAGAAUCUCGAUGAAACUGAGGUACGCCUCAGUGAGGUCACAAUGUCGACACGGUAUGAAAAGCUAAAAUGCCUUGUUAGGGGUAUGCACAAGGCUGCACUGUGCCGGCACUCUUUAGAAUGGUUCGUCAAGGAGAUGUGGUCUGUGAGUAAUAUAAGGGAGUGCCUAGACCGACUGGAGUGUCGAGGGGAAAGGGAUUAUGUCUUUCAUGGCCCAUGUGGACCAACUAAAAACGAUGGUAUCAUCUUUACUCCGAACGUAUUUCCGAUCGCCGGUGGGGCCAGCCGCACACAGGUCAAGUGGAAAUGGCCAUCGCUACUGUCAAUUGAUUGGCUCGUCUCCCCCGUAGAGGCGGCGGACGGUGAUAGCCAGCUGUGCGAUGUGUGGCUUUUCUUUCGAAAAAAGAACUUUAACUAUCGUGUCGAUGUUGAGGGACACUGGAAGUCGACGAUGCAGCUAAAUCUACUGAACCCGCAUCGCUACUCCAUACCGGUUGGGUCCAAGAUCGUUGCGGAGUGUGUCUAUGCCGUUGAGAGGAAUCUGUGGUCCAUUGAACGAAUUCGGCAUGACCGGCAAGAGGCUAACUCCAUCGUGACGGUCAUAUCGGUUUUUGAGAGCUUGGUGGAAAAUGUUCACUUACGUGAGCUGUGUGUACUGAUAGGUGUCUCAGACGAGGGUACGCUUCAGCGCGCUGGAGAGCUGGAGCCUUCGGUUGCCACUCCAACCACCGCAGCAAAAAGCGGCGAUUCCAAGGCCCAUGCCCACCGCGCGCAAAAAGCCCGACUCACCACCAAGCUCACGUUGCGAGCGAUCCUGAGCGGGAGUGGGAGCAAGUUGUCGUUGUGCUGGUGCACGAACAGGGGUAACCCGGACUACCAAAAAUCCAUUCCCUGCGCGCUGUGCGAAGUCCGUGAAUGUAGUGGGCUUGGCCUGCCCCGUGAAUGUGAUGCGACGGAUGCGGAUACGAUUAGCUUGACGAAUUUUCUUUAUAUUCAGCUCGGAAAUGCUGGCGGCAGCUAUGCGUGGUCCGACUUCAUUGUGGAUGCUUACUUCGACGGCACUCAAGGACACUGGGUUGUCAUCAAGUGCCACCCACACGGCAAGAACUACGCGUGUGCCUUCGACGGGGUUCUUCUUCAUCUCUCGUGGCUACUUGCAGAGGGUCGCGGUGAUGCGGCGAAACGUGCUAUUCCCACAGCAUGGUACGAACCCACUGUGCGCCUUCCUUCGAUCAAAAACGAGGAGACCCAGCGGACCAACGCACACUACGCUGGGAAGAUAGAGCAGCGGCGGUCGGCAGGUGUACAGGAGCGCAGCGGGCUGUUGCGGUUUAAUAAUUGGAUCAAGUCAGCCCUCAUCGACAUGGCCGUCCAAAGGCUACGGGGCUCAUCCGUGGAGGCGCAGCCGCGACGCGACCUGGCUGUUGUGGAUGCGUGCUGCGGGCGCGGUGGGGAUCUGCUGAAGUGGAAAGCUGUCGAGCCGACCUUUGUUUUCCUGACUGACGCAUCAAGAGAAUGUGUGGCAGAGGCAGCCGCGCGCUACUCAUGCGGGAAGGGACUCAGUGUGAAGUCGAACGCCGCUGAGUAUCCCGGCUUCCACGCCUACUUCGACGUGCGCGACGCCUUUGACCGUGAUUCGGGGCUUCAGGAGGUGGUUCUCCGUGAGUCGCGCCGGAACAAGCUGUCAGCCUAUCACAUCUUUUCUUGUCAGUUUUCGCUUCACUACGGGUGCUCCUCCUUGGACCGUGUCGAGGCCUUUAUCUCCGUGGUGUCAUCUUCCCUGGCGGUGGGGGGACUUUUCAUCGGAACAACGGUUUCCGACAAGGCGCUGCUGGAGCGAUUUCGUAAGCAAGGCCCGAGCUUUGGUAACAGGCACUAUCAUGUUAGUUUUCCAGAGGCAUCUGUGGCCGCUUUGCGGGAGCACGAAAAUGAUGAAGCCUUCGUGCAGUAUGGCAUUUCUUACUUCGCCACUGUGGAGGAUGCCGUGUCGAAUUUGCCUGAGUACGUGGUGCCGUGGAAGAUGCUUUGUGAGGUGUGUUGCAAGUACAAUUUGCGCUUAGUAUUAGAGAGUGACUUCUCUUCAUUUUUUGAUGAACACCAGCAUACACAUGACGGACAGAAUCUCAUCAAAGUUGCAAAGCGCAGCCGAAACGGUAUUAAGGAGCUGGUCCUACCGAUGGAAGAGAUGGAGGUGGUAUCGCUGUACCGCGUCUUUAUUUUCGAAAAAGAGAGCAGCAAGGGAGUUGUGUAG